AUGGCGGCGUCUGAGGUAGAUGAUGGCGUGGCCAGCGUCCCCAGCCCUUCGGAGUCCUUGUCCAGUCUCUGUGCUUCCAAAUCAGAUGACGGCCUCCCGGAUGAUCUAAGUCCCAAAGACUCUGCAGAGAAGCCCCAGAGCGUGUGUCUGUUGAGUGUAAGUAGCCAAACGGUAACCAAGGAGAGUAUCAGACUUGCCCGUUUGGAACAGGCAGAGAAGAAUCCUGGUUCGUCGGCAGGUGACACUUCAGCAGUGCACCGGGUGAUUUUAGGAGAAAGCUUGGUGGCCACAGACCUUAGUCUUCCUGGCAGUGGGUCUCAGUCUGAUUUGGAGGACUUGUCCAGCACAGCGGAAGAGGAGGAGGACUCAUGUCUCCACGAGAGCCUCCCUCGGACCCGUCAACCUCUAAAGCCACAGUCCCUUUCAGAGCAGCUUGCCGCCGCGAUUUCUUCCGAAGAUCAAUGCCUACGAGCCUUCGAACUAAAGGAUAACCUUAAGAUGGAAUUAUUAGAUUUGAGCUCGGAUCAUGACAUCGAAAGGAAUCUGGAUAAAAUGAUGUCAGAGAGGACGCUGUUGAAGGAGCGGUACCAGGAGGUCCUAGACAGGCAGAGGCAAGUGGAGAAUCAGCUCCAGCUGCAGUUAAAGCACCUUCAACAAAGGAGAGAAGAAGAAAUGAAGAAUCACCAGGAGAUAGUGAAGGCGAUCCAGGAUGUGACAAUAAAGCGGGAGGAAACGAAGAUGAAGAUAGAGAAGGAGAAGAAGGAGUUUCUGCAGAAGGAGCAGGAUCUGAAAGCUGAAAUCGAAAAGCUGUGUGAGAAGGGCAGAAGGGAGGUGUGGGAAAUGGAACUGGACAGACUCAAGAACCAGGAUGGUGAAAUAAAUCGGAAUAUUAUGGAAGAGACAGAGCGAGCGUGGAAGGCAGAGAUCUUAUCACUAGAGAGCCGGAAAGAGCUGCUGGUAUUGAAACUAGAAGAAGCCGAAAAAGAGGCAGAGCUGCACCUCACUUACCUCAAGUCAACUCCCCCGACACUGGAGACAAUUCGUUCCAAGCAGGAGUGGGAGACAAGACUGAAUGGAGUUCGGAUAAUAAAAAAGAAUGUUCGGGACCAAUUCAAUAGUCAUAUCCAGUUAGUGAGGAAUGGAGCCAAGCUGAGCAGCCUCCCUCAGAUCCCUACUCCCACCUUGCCUCCACCCCCAUCCGAGACAGACUUCCUGCUUCAGAUGUUUCACCCCAGUCCCACUCUGCCUCCUCGGGUGCCCUUCUCCAUUGGGCAGGUCACCAUGCCCAUGGUUAUGCCCAGUGCAGAUCCCCGUGCCUUGUCUUUCCCAAUCCUCAACCCUUCCCUCUCCCAGGCCAGCCAGCCUACCCCACCCCUUACGGGCUCCCACGGGAGAAAUAGCCCUGGCCUAGGAUCUCUGAUUGGCCCCCACGGGCCACACAUGGCCCCUGCUGCCUCCAUCCCACCUCCCCCAGGCUUGGGUGGAGUUCAGGCUUCUCCCGAAACUCCCAGGCCCCAGCCAAUAGACAAACUGGAGAAGAUUCUGGACAAGCUGCUGACUCGGUUCCCGCAGUGCAAUAAGCCCCAAAUGACCACCAUUCUCCAGCAAAUCAAGACGGCUCGUACCACCAUGGCAGGCCUGACCAUGGAGGAGCUGAUCCAGUUGGUCGCUGCACGGCUGGCAGAACACGAGCGGGUGGCAGCAAGCACUCAGCCACUUGGUCGGAUUCGAACCUUGUACCCUGCUUCCCUGGCCCAAAUCAAUACCCCAAUGUUUUUGCCUUCGGCCCAAGUUUCAUAUGCUGGAAGGUCUGCACAUACUCCAGCCACCUGUAAAUUGUGCCUCAUGUGCCAGCAACUUGUCCCACCCAGUGAGCUGCAUCCAAUGGCGUGUACCCACGUGUUGCACAAGGAGUGUAUCAAAUUCUGGGCCCAGACCAACACAAACGACACGUGUCCGUUUUGUCCAACCCUGAAAUGAUGGACCAGACUGGGGAGGAGGAAGAGGAGAAGCUGACGUGAACAGGAAGGAGCGGGUUCAGGACAUCUAAAGCUCUCUAUGUACUCAUGCCAUGUACAUUUUUAUUAUAUAGGCAAUGUGUAUAUAGAGCCUGUCCGUAAAUGAGAGUAUGUAUAUAACGCAGAAACAGUCUGGUCCCCACCCCCACCCCCACCCCCCUCGCGUCUUGCAGUUCCUGUUGGGGCUGAAGAUUGUAGGGAAGAUGCUGUGUAGUUUGGUGUUAACAUGAUGACCCCCUGCCUAGGGCUGUUUUUGACUACAUUAUAAAACCCAUCUAGGAAGCUGCUGUCGCUCCACGGCCACCCUGCUUUGAUUUGGCUCAGCCUCUAGUCCAUUUCUUAAGGCCCUUGUGUGCAGGUUUGGACCCUCUGUCCGGCCACAUGCCUUGCUCACCGAAAGUCUCAGGACGCGCCAGCAUUGUACCCGUCACUCUGCUCCACAUGGAUAAAAUGAGACUGAUGGAGGAAAAACCCAAGUUCA